AUGUCGAAGCAUGGUACUCCCAUUGCUCAGCGUUUUGCUAGCAGCACUUCACUGCGCGCUAGAGCUCAGCAAGACGAGAACACUAGUGCUGCACUCGUCGCUGGCAGCGCGGUCGCAGCGAACAGCGGGCGUGGCUCGUCUGCAGCGCCGAGUCAUCCGGCUCCCCUGGCUGCCAGUCCCACCCCGCGCAGCGUCGGCCACGGCCACGGCCGCGCAUCGAGUGCAGCAUCAUCGGUCCCGCGCUCGCUCCCCCCUCUCCAGCAACACCACUCGUGGUCCACGGCGUCCAAGCAUAACAGCUUGACCAUCAAACCGACCGACGACCCUUUUGCGGUCGCGGGCGACGACGACUGGGAACGCAUGAGUGACGAAUCCGUCUUGGGCGAGGCUCACAAUGGUCGACCAACAGGAGACGAUGGGAAACCCCUUCGACGUCGUCCUAGUAUCCUUGCUGGCUUGGUCAUCAAGAGGCGCGAGUCGACUUCGAGCCUGUCACGAUCCACGUCCAAGGCCAAGAGCAUCUCGUCGCCAAGGAAUUCGGCUCAGGGGCCCGGUGCAGGUGCAACUAGUUCGAGAUUCGCCCCUCUGCGAGCCGCAUCGUCGCUCAUGUCCCUUCGUCAAGGGAGCAAACGGGGUGCCAACGGGUCCGAGCCAUCCUCACCUCGCCUCCGUCGCUCGAGCUCGUUGGAGAGACGCUCUCUCGGAUCGAUGGGCGGCAGUCUAGCCGACGACGCCACGACCGCCAGUCGAACGGGUUCAGACCGAGGUUCGCUCAAAUUGUUCGACAGUUUCCGUCAUAGGUCUCCAAUAUCGACACGACAGGGGCCCGCUACAUCGUCAGACAUCGAGUUUCCAACGUCCGAAGAUCUCGGUAUUGGCGAGCAACACUCAUCGAUCUCGAGCAAGAAUGGGGUGGAGAAGAUAGGAGGUGUGUCUUCAGCCAGCCCGAUUCGAGUCUGACGAGUGCUGAUCCGAUACAGGGCUAUCGAAAGUGCGCACCAGUGUCUACACCGAAGACGACCGAUUGGCCGGUUUGGGUCUCGCACUGACCACGGACGCUCCCACUCGAAGGGUCGUACCCGACAACGCACGCCUCUCCAUCUUCUCGGCAACCACGUACAAUACAGCGGACCGCUCGACUUUGUACUCGUCGAUAGGAAGUGAAUAUCCUUCCAGCCUCAUUCGACAAAGGCUCGGCUCAACCCUUUCGCAAGGUCCGACCGUGCACGAUGUCUUGGAGGAAGAAGAACCUUAUGAUCCCGCCAACGAGGAGAUCGAGAUGGCCGAGGAUCCAAACCCACCAAGUGCGGUUCAAUCCGAUGCGACUGCCAAUACGUCACCACAACUCUCAAAUCAGUCAAGUUCCAACACCUUGUAUUCGCCUUUGUCUGUUGUGGCCCGCAGUCCUGCUCAGAUCAGCUACACAGAACCGCCGAGAUCCUAUCCUCACUCGCGCAGUGCAACGCUCGACAGCUCGACCACUAGCGCCGCCAUUCGUGAGCACAACGUUCGAAUGAUGGGUAAGCAUGCAGCCAUGGGAGAGCCCCAGACCUCACCCCCGGCCUCUCCACGUCCCUCCGAGUCUCGUCAGAGCGUGAGGACCGAGCUUGGCAAUAGCGGUGGCACGCCCAAGGAGCCGAUGUCCGCACCAUCAGCAAAUCCACUCUCCAACCCCAGCAAGUCGAUGGAAAAGUCCUUGGUCCACAAGCCGCUCGCUACGAUGUACAUUGUCGCUGGUCUGCCGAAAGAUCCUGCUACCUGGAGCUUCACCGAUUUCUCAGACCCCGGCACGCCGGCGCCUGAUCAUUCUCCAAACGCCGUUCCUCGAUUCUGGCGACCCGAAGUCCUCGGUUGCAUGACCACAAAUGACGAGUGCAGUCCAGCUUUGGACAGUCUGGAUUGCAAUACGGGGACGACGACGGGUAGAUCAGCCAGCCGUGGUGGGUCGCACACCCGAGCGAAUUCGACUUCCAAACCCGAAUUUGCAGCAUUGUCCAAGGAGGAGAUCGCCAAGAUGCAAGCUAAAGCGACCAAGGUAGUUCAAAAACACCAUGUUAUCCUCUGGAACUGAAUGUGCUGACUCAGGAGUUUUAUUUGCGUCUUCAGCUCGCGUUCACGCGGGACGUGGAGAUCCUCGCUUCGACCACCCAGCCUCCGGCCACCGUCGCCCACUUCCCUUUCGUCGUGCAAACUUCGUCCAAAUUGAGCAGCGCGCCCGCUUUCUCUGGGUCGACAGAAGCCGCUUGGGAGUCGUCACUGUCGGCUCGCGCGCUCAGUUCCUCAUGCGAGACAACCUACUAUGCUUCGUGCUUAAACGUUUGGUCGCAUGCCGACACAGUUCGAUCCAAUGCGAUUCGCGUAGCUUUACACUCUGGAUCUCAAGCCAAGAACUAUGCGGUGAAUAAAGCGGUCAGAGCUGCGAGGUCGGGGAAGAAAUUGGGGGCUAAGUUGGCGAAGCAACUCAAAUCUCCCAUGGGGGCAGUUCUGAGGGACGGACGGGAUUGGACGAGAGCGGGGAACGAGACGGACACGACCGAGUUUGAUCUUGAGACGGACGGCUUUGGUGAGUCAAGUCCAGCCAUCGUGAAUGCUUCAGUACUACUUUCUGAAUUGUCGCUGUACAAACUCGCAGCAACCGAGAGCGAGUGGGGUGACUCUGCAGCUACGGCGUCCCCACUGGCCGACCUGCCCGUUGGCUUACCGUUGUGGCUUCCUUACAGGUCGGCCGCCACUCCUCCGUGUUUAUCUCGAAUUAAACAACUGACAUCUUUGACUUUCAGUCUUAUCCUCAUUUCACAUGCGCCAGUAUACGUGCGUUCGGUCGUGCCUCAGUGGCACUGCCCCGGCAAACUGAUGACUGCGCACUCCCGUACAGAACAUUUUGAGCGACAUUCUGCGAAUCAGUUGGGCACGGUUAGUUUUAAUCUCGAUUCAGCUUUCCUUCGACUAUUCUCAUCAAUUGUUCAUCACUCACACAACUGUAUGCAGCUACCAUCAAGACAUCGCAUCUCAUUCGCUCCAGAUGGAGCGCAUUCUUCACUUUGUGGCUCCUCGGGUCGGGGAGCAGAUCCGCGUGCCAGUUUCCGUCGCAACCGCAACGGCACAGAACACCUACUUUGUUGCUGUAGGUAUCACAAGGUUAUCCCCGUACAGCUUAUGGCAAACACUGAUGAUGCAAGUGGUUGUGCGAUGCCUAGACCAUGCCAGGAACCCUCGAUUGGAAGACAGGGGGGUCGCUCGAUCACAAUUUCAUCAUGUUCCCGAUCUUCAAGUGCCUCCACGCCGACAACUUGCUCACGAUCGCAGAGGUACGCGAUCCAAUUCUACCAGAUAAUUCAUCUUUGUGAAACUGAAUCGUCGACCACUAGAUUGCCCUCUCCCCCUUGGGUCGAGUGCUGUUCGUUUCGGCGCACCCGAUUAUGCUCAGUCUUGCGACGUUCACCUUCCAGCACAUCCUCGAGCUACGAGGCUGGCGUGGACUCGUCUACCCAGCCGUUGCGGCCCGAGACAUCAAAAUAUACCUCGAAGAUCCAGGACCAUGGCUGAUCGGAGUCACCUCAUUAUGCCGCUCAAUCGCGCUCGUCGAUUUGCAACCCGAAGUCGUGGUCGUAGAUCUGGACUCCAACACCGUCAACUGUGAUCGACCGCAGCCCGGAUCGAUCACCAGCGGACUAUUGCGCGACAAGGCAAGGAAAAGGCUCGAAGUAGCCAUUGGUAACGUCGGAGGACACUAUGGUGUCCCUUCAGAUCUAGUCGAGGCGUUUCCGGCCGGUCGUUUCCGACCUUUCGAUAAAGUUGAGGUCUCAGGGGUCGUUCGCGAUGCGGAGAGGAUCAAGCCGAGUGACAGUUGGGCUUGGGAUCAGGAACGCGUCAUCCAGACAUUCGACGCUAUUCUGGCUGAACAGCCGCGCACAGGGCUGGGUCGCUUCUUCAACGCCAAAAAGCCUCGAAAGCUGGCGGAGUUGGACCCCUCGGCGAAGCACGUUCAAGCAGUGGUGCGCAGGCACGCGAAGACGUUUGUCGAUCGGCGUGACGAGUAAGUGACGAUAUCGGCAAGGUCGGCAAACCUACCCUCAGCCAGCUAAAUCUCGCCUUCUAUGAAUUUUCAUAGUCUCGAGACGAAAAUCAACAAGCUCAACAACAAGGUACUGCAAGACUUUUGAAGAUCAAGAUCGCGCCCAGACGCUGACUCGCAGUCCUUCCUCAGCUUGCGUCUCUGAUGACAGAAAGCCAAGAGUGGCAGCGCUCUUUCGACACUUUCAAGUCAUUCUCAGACAAGCUCACCAAAGAGUCUGUUGAACUCAAGACACGGUUAGAAAAGGAGCGCCGCGAGGCACGCCGUUUGACGGGCACGCUGUCGGUCGAGAAAAAGCGACAAGCCGAUCUUGAAGCAAGUUUGUCAGCGACUGAACGGGCACGAGAGCAAGCUCUGUCCGAGCUUUCAAACGUUCAAGCAAUACGUGAUGAUCUCGAGAGGCAGCAACAAAUGCUCAUGACCGAGAUGCACUUGAUCUUGGCCACCGACAGCGAUUCAUCGCCUCUCGUCGAGACCGUCUUUGCACGGAUCGAGGCUUUGUCUAGUCGCUCCGAUGCUUCGUCUCGACCCGAAACGGUGCAGUCUUUGCGCGCACAUCUCAAUCGUCGAGCGGGCUCAUCUGACGGCGGAACAUCACCUUUACCGCCAAACGCAGAGGAGGAGAUUACCACUGAGUGUAGCAAGCCCUCGCUCAAUAUCGAUGACGUCGAGGAUCCCGAGAAAAUGGAUGCCAUGCGCGCAGCAGUUCAAGAAACCUUACGCUCGAUCCAGUCUCGGCUCCAAAUCGUGCUCAGGAACGCCGAGUCGAUCGGCCAGCACUCCAACGACCAUCGUAUCUCCAUCGAUUCAAAUUUGGUCUCUGGAAACGUGGUAGAACUUCUUGACCCUCGGAGAGCAUCAACUUCUACGAUCGGUCAAGCUUCUGGUGAGGACGAGACGGUAACGAUCAACAUUCCGCAAGCGUCGGCCGGAAGACCACGGCCUCCUCCGGGUGGACCCCUACCAGAGACCCCGGUGCAGGCUAGUCGCACUUCGAUCGUAUCCACAGCCGAAAGCGAUGCUUCGUUCCACACGUUCCGAACCGCUCGGCAGCCCAAUUCUGGUGUCAAGUAUCGCGAGCCUCGUCGCUUCCAGCCCAAACCCUUCAGUCUCACGCCUUCGCCGACGGUUACCAGCGCGGACGUGCGCAGCACAUCCCCCAUGUCUGAGCACAACCGAUGCUUCUCGGGCACCAGAAGCGUGACGAAUGGAAGCCCUCGCUUUCAAGAUCAUGCAGCGAACGAGUCAAUCAUGUCUAUUGCCUCUUUCCAUGACGCACGCGACGGCUCUUACACCACCCCUGAACCAAACUUGCCUCAGUCCGCUGGGGGCUUCAGGUUGAAUGAGAACGGUUCCACUGCGGAUAGCGAAGACACCGCUCGCUACUCACAAGAGACGCUCGACCUUGAAGGUCGAAGCUCGUUCGGUCUGGACGAUCGAGAUUUCCCGUCUCACCGCCACCGCCUCAGUAGCGGGGAUGGUUCGACCGACAUUGACGAUGCCUCAUUUGUAUCCGUGUACGAAUCGCUGGACGGAGACCAUGAAGAGGAGCCUAUUUCCGCGCGUCAAACACCUGAACCGCCCGAACGAUCGGUCUCUCGACAGUUCCUCACCCCGGUCAGUUCGACCGGUGAAGCGAUCGAGACACCUCCGGUCGAACUCUUCACUCGGGCCAAGAGUCCACCCGCUCGAAUGCUUCAGCGCCGUUCCGUGAGUGGGGAGAUGGCGGGCGAGUGA